AUGCUUGUAACAGAUCUUAAUGUUUAUGAUUUACUGAAAGAUUAUAGUGUGAAAAUCCGCGUCCGACCUGGAGCACAAAGGGGCCGCUAUAACGGUCAGCCUGCUGUGCCGCCCGCUGCUCUGUGGCCCCAGGUUUCCCUGGAAGACCGAGUGGACUUCAGGGAUGGAGAACAUCCCGCGCCCCGCAGAAAGGAACCGCGCCUGGCUCCCUGCGCUGCUGCUGCUGCGUGCCCAGCACCCGGGCCCGGGACCGCACCGAGUCCAGAACCGCAGCUGUUCCGCGCGCUGACACUGUGCAGAAGGGGACCGGGGAGGAGCAAGGCUGAAAAGAGUAAUCAAGUCAGAGGAUUAUAUGAUUUUUAUCUGCCCAGAGAAGAACUAUGGAUCUACAACAUGGAGACUGGAAGAUGGAAGAAAAUUAACACCGAAGGCGAUGUCCCACCUUCAAUGUCAGGCAGCUGUGCCGUGUGUGUGGACAGAGUGCUGUACUUGUUUGGAGGACACCAUUCAAGAGGCAACACAAAUAAGUUCUACAUGCUGGAUUCAAGGUGUACAGACAGAGUGUUGCAGUGGGAAAGAAUUGAUUGCCAAGGAAUUCCUCCAUCCUCAAAGGACAAACUCGGUGUCUGGGUGUAUAAAAACAAGCUAAUAUUUUUUGGAGGGUAUGGAUAUUUACCUGAAGAUAAAGCACUGGGAACUUUUGAAUUUGAUGAAACAUCCUUCUGGAAUUCAAGUCAUCCAAGAGGAUGGAAUGAUCAUGUACAUAUUUUAGACACUGAAACAUUUACCUGGAGCCAACCUAUAACUACUGGUAAAGCACCUUCACCUCGUGCUGCUCAUGCUUGUGCAACUGUUGGAAACAAAGGCUUUGUGUUUGGAGGCAGAUACAGAGAUGCUAGAAUGAAUGAUCUGCACUGUCUCAAUUUGGAUACAUGGGAAUGGAAUGAGUUAGCUCCCCAAGGCGCAUGCCCAGUUGGCCGAUCCUGGCACUCACUCACACCAGUUUCUUCAGAUCAUCUGUUUCUCUUUGGAGGAUUUACCACCGAAAAACAGCCACUGAGUGAUGCCUGGACUUACUGCAUCAGUAAAAAUGAGUGGAUACAGUUUAACCAUCCCUAUGCUGAAAAACCAAGGUUGUGGCAUACAGCUUGUGCCAGUGAUGAAGGAGAAGUAAUUGUUUUUGGUGGGUGUGCCAACAACCUGCUGGUCCACCACAGAGCUGCACACAGUAAUGAAAUACUUAUAUUUUCAGUUCAGCCAAAAUCUCUUGUACGGCUAAGCUUAGAAGCAGUCAUUUGCUUUAAAGAAAUGUUAGCCAACUCCUGGAACUGCCUUCCUAAACACUUACUUCACAGUGUUAAUCAGAGGUUUGGUAGUAACAACACUUCUGGAUCUUAAGGCUUCAUAAAGAAUGCCUCUGAUCGCCUUGCAUGGACAACAAUCCUGUAAUCUUCACAGAUCAUGAUCAUUUGUAUAAUAUAUUAUCGUAGUUUGCAACUACUUGGUUUUAAUGUGCACGUGUGAAUGCCUAGGGAACCUAUUUUUGUGUCUAUAAAGUUUACAAUAAAUGUAUUUCAUAUCAGUAACUGUUCUCUAUUAAAGCAGAAAAAGUUAAUGGUUAUUACAUCCUUUUUGGUAAGAACUUCAAGCUAUAGAUCUAUAGAAACAUACUAAACAAUCUUAUCCUUAUCAAAAUAGAAGUUUAAAAAAAACUAAAAUUUUAUUUUCUUUAAAUAGCAAGAGUGGUUGUGAUCAUGAAGUUUUUUUUUCUUUAAACCUGAAUUUCUAAUGUAAAACUAUUCUCCAUAGGACUAAGAAUUAUGAAGGGACCAAAAGGUAUACAAGCUUAAUGCUUUGGUGCAGGAGCUAAGGCAAGUGGUUACAAUGACUAUAAGCAGGUGAUUUUUCAAUUAAAAAGUAACUGUUUUGUAGAUCAUAAAGGAAUGGAAAUAAUGUAUAAUUUUAUUCUCCAUUCUGAUAGGAGACAGAAGAAGAAAGCUGAGUCAGGAGUCUUUAGUGGUUAAGCCUAAAAGUGCACUUCUGAUAUUCUAGGUUAAGAUACUCUAUAACAUGCUACUAAUAACUACUAAAGAUGGAAAAGAAAAUGGUACAGAACUCAGAUUCCAAGGAAAAAAUGGAGUGAAGAUGUGUAAAUGCAUGGAAAUGAUUAGUGCCAGUUUUUUUCUAGGUGUUAUUCCUCAAGCUGAUUCAUGGGAAUUAUUAUUUAUUUAUAUCUGGUCUAAUGUAUUUUUGACAAGGUUUUCAAGACACAAUCCUAAAUGUUUAAUUGCCCCCACUCCCACAAGAACAAAAAGCCUCUCAUGAUUGGCUUGUUUUAUAUAUAUAUAUAUAUAUAUAUAUAAAUUAGGUGUUAUAUA